AUGCCUGACCUUAACUCUGUUCCCGCAUCACCAUAUCCGCAGAGCGCCUCUCGACGCUCCUCCCACCAGAUGCCGCCUCCUCCGCUUCCGGCGCAAGCGUCAGACCCGUCCCUCAACAUCCUCCCCUCGAACCAAAACACCGUCAACCACCCUCACCCCUCUAGCGCCGCCGUUGGGUCUCCGCCAAUGGCCCCGGCACCACUCGCGUCGCCCCCGGCCGCUCCCGAGCCAGCCGUCUCCGGCCCGGGCCCCAUCCGCCACCCGCGACCCAUCACGGCGUCCGACCUUCACAUGCAGCUCGAGAAGGAGCAAGAGGCAGUGGUGAACCGUCUUACACGAGAGCUCCAGCUCCUCCGCACGGCGCAGAACGCCUCGGUCGUCUCGAACGCCUCGUCGACGUCCGCCUCCAACGCGCCCGAAGCCCCCGAUACCCAUCUCCUGUCCGGUGCCGCCUUCUCUACCCCUUCCGUUCCAUCCAACAGCUCCCGCCGACACCACCGCACCGCGUCAAACGCCAGCGCCCGAAGCCUGAAUGCCGUCGCAGGCUCGGCCUCCGCAUCCACUGCUUCCGUACCCAUGUCCGUGCCGAGACCCUCGAAUCCCACCCGUCAAGACAGCGUCGCCUCGCGUCACAGCUUGUCGUCCUCGCCGGCGCCCUCACAGCACUAUCUGGACCCGAGCGGCGGUGGCCUGACGUAUUUUCAACAACAACGCCUGCCGCAGCAGCAGCAGCAGCAGCAGCACACAGGGGGUGCGUCUGUAGCCUACACGCCCGGAGGCGGCAGCGAGUCGCAGCUGUCGCCUGGUCUCAUACCGACAACGUCGAGGUACGAGGAGACGGCACUGCACCGCCAGGAGUUGGAAAACGUCAAGAAGGAGAACGAGGCGCUAAAGCAGAGGAUCCGCGACCUGGAGAAGCUCGUCCGGGAGAAGAUGGCCGGGCGCGAGAGGAGGGGGAGCGAGAGCACCGGCAGUGCCGCCGCGACGGGAACGGUGCCCGGCGUGGGAGUGACGACUGGCGGAGCGGGCAUCGCCGGCGCACGACGACCGGGAGGCGAGCGGGAACGGUCUCUAACGACGAUGAGCGUCGCCAGCAGCGUGGCGGUCGGCGUGCCCGAUGAGGAGCUGCAAGUGGGUGAGAGCGCGGCAAGCUUGGGGCUGAACCCCUGA